AUGGUCCAGGAGAGUCAUUCCGCCUUCCUUGUGUCAGAUUUGGAAUUGUACACCGGGUUUCAUCAAGCCCAGUACGAAAACCCUCCCCACAUCUACGCCCUGGCGGAUCAGAUGUACCGCAACAUGUUGAUCGAUGGGGAGAACCAGUGUGUCAUCAUCAGCGGGGAGAGCGGAGCUGGCAAGACGGUGGCGGCCAAAUACAUCAUGGGCUACAUUUCUAAGGUGUCCGGCGGAGGGCCCGGCGUUCAGCACGUAAAAGACAUCAUCCUGAAAUCCAAUCCCCUUCUGGAGGCCUUUGGGAACGCAAAGACUGUGCGAAACAACAAUUCGAGUCGAUUUGGUAAAUACUUUGAGAUCCAGUUCAGCCGCGGUGGAGAGCCAGACGGCGGCAAAAUCUACAAUUUCUUGCUGGAGAAAUCCCGGGUGGUCAGCCAGAAUUCCGGAGAGAGGAGCUUCCACAUCUAUUACCAGCUGCUGGAGGGAGCCAGCCCGGAGCAGCGGGAGAAUUUGGGGAUCACCAGCCCGGAUUACUACUACUACCUCAACCAGUCGGCGGCGUAUAAGGUGGACGACAUGAAUGACCGACAGGAAUUUCAAGAGACUUUGGCUGUCAACAAAGCAAUGGAGAAGGAACACCAGGAAUACAACAUCGGUGUCCUGGACAUUUACGGCUUUGAAAUUUUCCAGAAAAACGGCUUCGAGCAAUUCUGCAUCAAUUUUGUGAACGAAAAACUCCAGCAGAUUUUCAUCGAGUUGACCCUGAAGGCUGAGCAGGAGGAAUACGUCCAAGAGGGCAUCCGAUGGAGCCCCAUUGAUUAUUUCAACAACAAAGUCGUUUGUGAUCUGAUCGAGAACAAAGUGAACCCCCCGGGACUCAUGAGCAUCCUGGACGACGUCUGCGCCACCAUGCACGCCAAAGGCGAGGGGGCUGACCACACCUUGCUGCAGAAGCUGCAGUCGGCGCUGGGCGCACACCCCCACUUCAACAGCUGGAACAAGGGCUUCAUCAUCCAUCACUACGCUGGCAAGGUCUCCUAUGACGUGGAAGGCUUCUGCGAACGCAACCGGGACGUGCUCUUCACGGAUCUGGUCGAGCUGAUGCAGAGCAGUGAGAUCCCCUUCAUCCGAGAUCUCUUCCCCGAAAGCCUCAGCACGGAGAAGAAGGGACGCCCAACCACGGCAGGCAGCAAGAUCAAGAAACAAGCCAACACUCUGGUGGGCACGCUGAUGAAGUGCAGUCCUCACUACAUCCGAUGCGUCAAGCCGAACGAAACCAAAAAGGCCCGAGAUUGGGAGGAGAGCCGGGUCAAGCACCAGGUGGAAUAUUUGGGGCUGCAAGAGAAUAUCCGGGUGCGCCGAGCGGGCUAUGCUUAUCGGCGAGCUUUCCAGAAAUUCCUCCAGAGGUACGCCAUCCUGACACCGGAGACGUGGCCGUGCUGGCGUGGCGACGAGAGGCAGGGCGUGGUGCACCUGAUGAAGUCGGUCAACAUGGACCUCGACCAGUUCCAGCUGGGGCGGACCAAGGUGUUCAUCAAAGCCCCCGAAUCGCUUUUCCUGCUGGAGGAGAUGCGGGAACGGCGCUACGACGGCUUCGCCCGGGUGAUCCAGAAGGCCUGGCGCAAACACGUGGCUGUCCGCAAAAACAUGCAGAUGAGAGAAGAAGCGUCCAACCUCGUCCUCAACAAGAAGGAGCGCCGUCGCAACAGCCUGAACCGCAACUUCAUGGGCGACUACCUGGGUCUGGACAACCGCCCGGAGCUGCGCCGGUUUCUGGGCCGCAGGGAGCGGGUGGACUUUGCGGACACCGUCACCAAGUACGACCGGCGCUUCAAGACGGUCAAGCGGGACCUGAUCCUGACCCCCAAAUUCCUCUACCUGAUCGGGCGGGAGAAGGUGAAGCAGGGCCCCGAGAAGGGGGCCAUUAAGGAGGUCCUCAAGAGGCGGCUGGAGGUGGAGAGGAUCCAGUCGGUCUCCCUCAGCAUGUUGCAGGACGAUUUCCUCAUCAUCCACGAGUCCCAGUACGACACCGUCCUGGAGUCCGUCUUUAAGACGGAGCUGCUCAGCCUGCUCUUCAAGCGAUACGGGGAGAGGACCCAGAAGCAGCUGCCCAUCAAGUUCAGCAACCAGCUGGAGUUCAAGGUGAAGAAAGACGGCUGGGGGCCCUGGGGGGCAGCCGGCUCCCGCCAGAUCCAAUUCCAGAUCUGCCAGGGGGAUCUGGCUCUUCUCCGCACCAAUGGGAAAGUCCUUGUGGUCAGCAUUGGGCCUGGCCUAGCCCGCAAUGCCCGCCCAAACCGGAAGGACACCAGGAAAAGCCGAUACUCAGCGGGAGGCCCUGCCCUCGGCUGGAAUGCCCAGACCAGCACAGGUAACUUGCGCUCGGCGUGGGGCGGCCAGGGCCGGGGGACGAGGACCUCCGUCCAGCACCGCCACUCCAUGACCCGCCAGGCCAGCAUGGAGCAGCCCAGCCUGCCGCGGCAGGGAGCCAGUCCGCGUGCCAGAGCCUUCCCUGCGCCGCUUGACCUGGGCUUCAUGGAUGUCCCAGAUCAAGGGGUAGCUGGCCUCCGGCGCCACCUUAGCAAGGAAGCCAAACCCCUCCCAGGCGGGGGCCGUGCCAAGCCCAAGCCGAAGCCCAAACCGCAGCCGUGCCUUCCCCGGUGCCGGGCUCUGUACGCCUACGACGCCCAGGACACGGAUGAGCUCAGCUUCAACGCCAACGACGUCAUUGAAAUCGUCAAGGAAGAUCCGUCGGGAUGGUGGGAAGGCCGCAUCCGCGGCAAAGAAGGGGUGUUCCCAGGGAAUUACGUGGAGAAGCUCUGAGAUAGGGCUGGCACUGCCCCUCUCCUGCGCUGGCACGAGGGACCGACCCACGGCUUUCGCUUGGUGGAUGGAAAAGACCUGGAGCUUCCUGCAGGAUGCAGCAGACACUCGUAGGAGAGCAAGGAAAGGCCUGGAGGAAUUUGGUGGCACUCGGUGCCCUCUGAAAGCGGCCAACUGGGCAGGAACGAGCGUUCCAAGACGCAAAUGGCUGCCCGCCUGUAUUAAAAACCACACCAAUGGAUGCCAGCCUGCUGGACCUUUAAUGUGUGUGUGUGUGGGGGGGGGGAAAUAGGUUGCUGGGAAAGAAAAAAAGAACUCUUAAAAUGUUUUAAAAAGCAGGGAAAAAAUUGGGAAAUUUUAAAACGACGUGGCGAAGCCUCGGAUUUUCAAAGGUGCCACGCCGGGAGGGGCUGGGGCGCGCCCCCCCCCGUUUCUUGUCGACCUGUGUGAAUCCAGUCUUCCCAGAGAAAAGCCCCUCCCCUGUGGGAUCUCCUGAAACUGGCGGGCCGCACGUGCAACGUAUGUAGAGAACGCGAGUGAAAUAAAUUAUGUACAUGGAG